AACUUUUAUGAAAGAUAUCAUUUUCAUGAACAUUAGCAGAAUGAGUUAUAAGAUCUUAUCAUUCUUCGCAUGCUUAGCCGUAGCGCCUGCAGCCAGUAUCCCAGAACAAGUUGAUCUCCGUGAAGCUUUUGAAACUGAGGAUGCCAUUUACAUUCCAAUUUCCAUUGAAGAAGCGAAGAAGCUGAGGUUACCAAAAAGUGCUUCCAUAUUAGAACUACCUGAAUCUUCUUUAGCAUAUAUUCCAGAUGCUGAGAAAGGAGAAAUUAAGGAACCAGCGUCCUAUCAUGACCGUGUACGUCGUGAUGUUGGGCAAGUUCUUGAAAUCGAAGAUGCAUACUAUGUUCCAGUGAGUGAUGAGGAAGCUGAACUUCUCAGAUUGCCCAGUAUUGACGACCUCGCGUUAUCUGAAGAUGGAGAAGCACACGUAGAAAUUGUUGCAGACCAUACAGUGCAACGUGCAAAAAGGCAAUUGAAUAUUCAAGGAGGUGGAAGUCCACAUUCUGGUUUUGAUCUUAGUUUCAAAGGGCAAACAAAACUCUGGGAAAGUAAUAACAAACGUAACACUCUUCAUGGUACCGGUCAAUAUAGUCAACAUUUUGGAGGACCCUAUGGUAACAGCCGACCCAACUUUGGAGGUGGAUUAAUUUUCACUCAUCGCUUCUAACUUAAAUACUUGGUUGGAAAGUAUUAAUUAUGCGUGUUGAAAAUAAAUUAUUAUCUGC